UUAAAAGUGAUUAUAAAGUCGCCUCUUUGACCUGUCGACAGUUUAUUUUUUUUCUCGAAAAUUGCGGAAAUCUUUUUGAAAGUUUUUAACAUGAAGGGAUCAUUUGUAGUGUUUUCUUUUUUGUGCAUUGUGAUUUUUACCGUUUCUGAAGCCAAGGUGUUUACAAGAUGUGAAUUGAGCAAGGAACUAAAUAAGCUGAAUUUUCCAAGAUCAUUUCUUUCAAAUUGGGUAUGUUUAGUAGAGAGUGAAAGUGAAAGGACUACAUCUAAAAUGACUGGACCUCUGCCAAAUGGAAGUUAUUCUUAUGGAAUAUUUCAAAUUAACAGCAAGAAAUGGUGUGCAAGAGGACGAAAGGGCGGAAUUUGCAAUAAACGAUGCGAAGAUUUUCUAAAUGAUGACAUAUCGGAUGACUCUCAAUGCGCAAGAAAAGUCUUUAAUGAGUUGGGAUUUCAGGGUUGGCAAGGCUGGCAGAAAAAGUGUCGCGGAAAGCCUUUACCAGAUAUAUCACGCUGUUUGUGAUUGAUUUAAUUUUUAAUUUAGUCGUAAGUACUUUUAUAUUUUAUUAUUUCAUAU